AUGGCAUACUAUGGUGGUGGUGUUGGCGGCACUGCAUCAUCAUCGUCACAGUUCAUGCAGCAGGGGGUAGUGGCUUCCGCCGCUCCACAGUACUCCCUCGCUUCCUCGCCACCCAAUAAUAAUACUACUACGACCCCCCAGCAAUAUCAGGCAACAGCACCGGCGUCGGCAGGGACGGGGGGUUACUACCAAUGGGAUGGUGCACGUCAACAGGGCCAGAGCCAAUGCAUCAAGAAUCCUGAGGUCAUCUGA